GUUCACUCGACUUCAGAGCAAGUGGACAGUAACUUUUUCCUUUUCUCUUUAACUCUCAGCCCUCUUCAUUGCUCUGAAUGCCCCAAUUAUUACUAACAGAAUGGAAUAGGUUAAGAGAUCGAGAUUAAGGGUCGGUGUCGUAGAGGACAGAUCAAACCAGAGCCUUGUUUUCUCUGUGGAGCUGUGGAUUGGCAUGUCUUCCUUCAGCCGUGACAGUGAAAGUGAUCCGUGUGGCUCUACAGAGGACUUGACUGGUGCAGGUGGUCAGCCGGACGGAGCUGAGUCUCCCGCUCAGCCCAGUGGAGCUGUCAUGCUGCCCAAAGGCGACACGGAAUCUCUAGGACUCGUUCGAUCGCAUGGAGAACAGGGACACAUGCCAAGAAAUAUGCAAGCCCCCCAAUAUAAAAUGAUGGACUACUCAUAUGAUGAAGACUUGGAUGAGAUGUGUCCGGUGUGUGGAGACAAGGUUUCUGGAUACCAUUAUGGGCUCCUCACAUGUGAAAGCUGCAAGGGCUUCUUCAAGCGCACGGUUCAGAACAACAAAAGAUACACAUGCAUAGAGAACCAGACAUGUGCCAUCGACAAGACACAAAGAAAACGCUGCCCUUAUUGCCGCUUCCAGAAGUGCCUCACUGUUGGCAUGAAGCUGGAAGCUGUGAGGGCGGACCGCAUGCGUGGAGGCCGCAACAAGUUCGGCCCCAUGUACAAGCGCGACCGGGCCCUCAAGCAGCAGAAGAAAGCACUGAUCCGCGCCAACGGCCUGAAGAUCGAGUCCAUGACCCAGGUGAUGCAGGCGGUGCCCACCGACCUCACCAUCUCCUCGGCCAUCCAGAACAUCCACCAGGCCGCCUCCAAGGGCCUGCCGCUCAGCCACCACGGCCACCCGCACCACGCCGCCCUGCCCCACACAGACUACGAUCGCAGCCCCUUCGUGACGUCUCCCAUCAGCAUGGCCAUGCCCCCCCACACUGGUUCCCUCCAGGGCUACCAGGCGGCCUACGGCCACUUCCAGAGCACCCGCACCAUCAAGUCCGAGUACCCGGACCCUUACAGCAGCUCGCCCGAGUCUAUCAUGGGUUACAACCCGUACAUGGAUGUGUACCAGACGGGCUCGCCGCCCAGCUUCCCACACCUCAUCGUGGAGCUGCUGAAGUGCGAACCUGACGAGCCCCAGGUGCAGACCAAGAUCCUGGCCUACCUGCAGCAGGAGCAGGCCAGCCGGGGGAAACACGACAAACUCAACACGUUCGGCCUUAUGUGCAAGAUGGCCGACCAGACGCUGUUCUCCAUCGUGGAGUGGGCCCGGAGCAGCAUCUUCUUCCGCGAGCUCAAGGUGGACGACCAAAUGAAGCUCCUCCAGAACUGUUGGAGCGAGCUCCUCAUCCUCGACCACAUUUUCCGUCAGGUGCACGCCAAAGAGGGCUCCAUCCUAUUGGUCACCGGCCAACAGGUGGAUUAUGCUGUAAUUGCCUCCCAAGCCGGAGCUUCUCUAAACAACCUGAUGAGCCACGCUCAGGAGCUGGUGGGCAAGCUGCGCUCCCUGCAGCUGGACCAGAGGGAGUUCGUCUGCCUCAAGUUCCUUGUUCUGUUCAGCUUGGACGUGAAGAACCUGGAGAACUUCCACCUGGUGGAGAGCGUCCAGGAACAAGUGAACGCGGUGCUGCUGGACUACGUCAUGUGCAACUACACCCAGCAGACAGACAGGUUUGGCCAGCUGCUCCUGCGGCUGCCUGAGAUCCGGGCCAUCAGCCUCCAGGCCGAAGACUACCUGUACUACAAGCACCUGAACGGAGACGUGCCCUGCAACAACCUGCUCAUCGAGAUGCUACACGCCAAGAGAGCCUGAUGAGACUGCAGAUGGGAUCCUGAUGAUUUGGCUGAAACCGACUCAGAACAGACUCUGUUUUGUUGGUUGAGACCCAAGUCCUUGCCUGCAGAACAGAACCCAACCCAGAACAGACUCUGUUUUGUUGGUUGAGACCCAAGCCAAGCCUGCAGAACAGAACCCAACCCAGAACAGACUCCUCCCAUGUUAAAGUUAGACUUAGUGAUUCUGGGGCAGGAGGCAUCCGUUCUUCUCAUUUACCGUAAUGAUCAACCAUCCUGGCAAGAGAACAUGCAGAAAUGGACAACCACACUUACACAUACUGUGCACGCACAUACGCGUGCGCAUACACACGAACACACACAUACAAACACAUUUAGGCACUCACACGCAUGUACACACACAAAUAUACACACAUUAAGGCACACACUCACACGUUCAAAUUCAUACAAUAUGCAUAUAUAUUACACACACACAUCUCUUCACUCUAAGACAGAUGCUUCUGGAGCUCUGGGUAAAGCUUCCAAAGACGGAGAGAGACACAGCUGAAAUUCUUGAGAACUGUCCAUUCCUCUCAUGGGACAUGGACGAUACCUUUUUGUCUGCUUUGAAUAAAAAUACAAACCAUCAAGGUGAUACAAGGACCAACAGACUGUAACUGAAGGAACAAAACCAAUGAGUAUUGUAAAACCUCUCCCACUGUUAACCUCUCUAGGGUAUGUGGGACGCUAGCGUCCCAUCUGGCCAACAUCCUGUGAGGUUGCAGAAAACUACAAAACCAACAACAAAAAAAACUACUUCCCAAAUGGAUUUUUAUCAGGUGUUCGCCUGCUAAAUCAGUUCUAUUAUACUCAGAGAAACUAUUGUAACAGUUUUGGAAACGUUAGAGUGUUUUCUAUCCAAAUCUACCAGUUAUAUGCAUAUCAUAUCUUCUGGGCCCGAGUAGCAGGCCGUUUAAUUUGGGCAUGCUUUUCAUCCAAAAUUCCAAAUGCUGCCCCCUACCCUAGAGGGGUUAAAGGGUUUUGAGCAACGAACAGAGAGAGAGAGAGAUCCAACCACCUUAUGAUCACGGACCCUAUGAUGUCUGUGGUGUGGUCUUCAAAGGGGAGCAGGGACUUUGGCUGAAGAAAUUUGGAGCACUCUUUUUUUAGACUGGCCCAAGGUUGGCAGGGUUGGUAAUGUAUUGGGCUGUAUUGGGUACUGUAUUGGGCAGCCCAGAGCAGCCUGUCAGCUGGGCAAGAGUCUCUUUUGUCACCUGUUUCAAAGACACGCAGUCUGCAAUGCUAAUAGGCCAUACAGACAGACAGCAAUAGAAAUAGAAAUAUAUAUAUUUGUUUUUUAAUUAAAAAACCACAACGAACAAAAUGUAUGAAAACUUUGACGGAACAAAAAAAGAUAAGAUUUAAAAAAAAACAUUUUAGUAAAUGGCAGUUAUUUCCUCCUCUUGGUCAUUGAUGCUCCUCAUUGUAACCACCCUAUAAUCUCCCCCCAACCUUCCCAAAACAGUUCUUUACAUAAGUAAAACACCUUUUACACACCAUAGAUAAGUCAUUAGAAAAUAAUACUAUGGUUGCCCCCCCCACCCCCAGGAGGAGAAACUCUGCCUUUAGUCUGAACAGACCAAAGCUUGCUGCAGAACAUCAAACAAAAAUGUAACAAAAACCUUAACUAUCAGUAUUAUAAAUUUGUGAUGUCACAGUCAUGUGAGUCUUGCCUUAUUUCAUUACCAUGCUAGCUAACCGUGCAGAUGUGAAUGGAAUUAUGUACAAAUAUAUAUAAAGUAUUAAUGUUAUAUACAUUUUUUUUAAAUCAAUAAUUCAAGAGGUUGUUACGUUCAAGCUGUCCCGUGGAAGAGAACUGAGAGGAAGAAAAUUGCAAAACAAUAAUUUACAGAAAAAACAAAAAACACAAACUAGAUUCUGGUGUGAUUCUUAGGUGUGUACAGUGCUAUUCCGUUUUGUUCUUUGUUUCUUUACCCAGUACUUAAUUAUGUUGUGAGACACAAAAAAUCAGAAAGGAAUCUCACUUAAAAUCUAAUUUCUAACUGUUUUUUUCUGUUGGCAUUCAAAUGUUUUUGCAUAUUGUGUAAGAGUUUCGGACACUUGUUUUUUGUAGAACUUUUUAAAAUUAUUUUUCAAUGUUCUACCUUUCGAUAUAUGUCACUGGUUACACUUAAAAAUGAAAAUAACUUAUUGCAUCUUGGUUUUGUCCUUUUGUGUGUUAUAAGCACAAGGCGACAAAUCCAAACAUAUUUGUUUAGUGUUGCAUGUUUUUUUUUAAGUUUUUUUUUUACUUAUUAUAGAUGCAGUUCAGGAACAAAACAAUGAUCUUCAUAAUGAUCUCCGUAAUGUCGUUUUUAUUAAUUGUUUAUAGGAGUCUGAGCUUUAAAUUAGAAAAAAAGACACUCCUCUCCAAAUGUAUUGGGACAGUGAAGCGAAAAUGUAAAAUGUGUCUUUUUACUCCAUUAUUCUUUUAUACUAAAACAAAAAGCUCAGAGAAAUAUAUUUUGUCUAACAUUUAAUAAAACGUUCUUUAAACAAAAAUAGGGGUCAAAAUUAUCUUGAUCAAAAGAUGCCAAUAAUUAUGGACUUGACUGUAUGAAAAUACUCUCAAAACAAAAAGCUGACUGUUCUGUCGACCUUACAUGAAACAUUUGAUCUAAAAUCUAAAAGGCUGGAGUAUUGAGCCAAAUUUUAAAAUGUAGCUUCGUUGUCUCAAUAAAUAUUUAGGGGAGUGUAAUUAUUGUAUUUAAGUUAAUGGGUAUGACUGACACUGUACUUGCAUCAGUUGUUUUGUGUUGAAUUUCAACUAGCUUCACAUUUCAGUGCCGUUUGUUCUAUACCAAAGACGGCAUUGGUCCUGUGAGCUGUGCUUACCUGUGAUGUGUUGUAACUGAACGCACAAACAGCUGUCCCCCCAGCUGUCCAGAAGUUUGAGCUGUGCUUACCUGUGAUGUGUCGCAAUUGAACGAACAAACAGCUUUUCCCCCAGCUGUCCAGAAGUUUGAGCCGUGGUUACCUGUGAUGUGUCGUAACUGAACAAACAGUCCCCCCCCCCAGCCUUCCUGAAGUUUGGCAUUUUGUAAUGUCAGUUUGUAGAAUUAUAUUGAUGUUGUCUUAUACACUUUUACCAAACACUGACUUCAUAAGGUCCCCAAUCAUUAGUGAUACACACAAACCUGUCAAGAAUAUACUGUAUAUGAUCGUCUGCAUUUAAGUCAUCGAUGUCAAAAUCUAUCAAGUCUUUUUAACGAUGCACUAUGGUGAAAAGCAAAAACACUGAUAUUGAAAAAACAACGCUCAAAUAUACAUUUAUGUUUCAAUGUUUUUCGUUUUUGUAUUUGUUUUGGCAUGAAUCUGCUUCCAUAAUUAACUGUGUGUAUUGAUUGACAAUCUCUAUCAGUCUUUUCUCAUUCUGUGUGUUCUGGUACAGUUCUGCAGAUGCCUUGUAUGUCCUCAAACACACGCACCACUCCUGAACGUACUGACCACCUGCUUGUCUAUGAACACCCCCCCCCCCCCCCAUCGCUGUCAUACUGCCACCCUUUCAUGUCACUUCCUGGUCUGGGGAGUUCUUUCAAAGCUGAUGGACUUUUUCCUCAUAUUUCAAUAAAUAAUUACAUGCCAACAAA